AUGUUAGAGAAAUAUUUGCAAUUUUUGGGACAAGAUCCACGACAGAGGGAUAAAUUCAGAAAUAUUAUUGUAACCGUAAUGGUGACAAGUAUUACAGGCAUUGUUGUUCCAACGUCAUUAGAAUUAUAUACGUCGUUAUGUGACAAGGAUAUGAAUGCAGUGAUCGAAUGCAUGCCACAUUUAAUCGCAGCUGCGACUAGUGUCGUUAAAAUAUUGAAUGUCCAUUUCAAAAGAGAAAAUGUACGUGAAUAUUGUUUGUACGAUAAAAAUUUUUCGACGAAAGCGUGUUGCAAAGUUGUGAAGAUCAACGCUAUGUUACAGUUUAAGAAAUUAUUUGAUUUCAUGACGGAACAAUGGGAAGAAUUGAAAUUAACCGAUGAUUUACACGUUCUGGAAGAAGUCACCAUGCAAGGCAGCAAAAUGGCACAACUAUAUCGAAAUACUUUAUUGAUCUUUAUGGUACUGUUCUUAUUUGUCCCAUUAUUGUUUCCUAUUUUGGACGUAGUCCUUCCACUAAACGAAACUCGACCGCGACAACAAUUGUUUAGAGUUAAUUACAUGCUUUUCGACCAUGAAGAGUACUUCUUUUACGUAUAUUUACAGUUAGCAUGGGGAUCGGUUGUUGUUGUGAUGAUAAUAGUUACCGUAGACUCACUGUAUCAAGUCCAAAAAGCAACUAGUAGUCCGAUUAUAUUCACCAGAGAACCUGUGCCAGAGAAUUACACGUACGAACAGAUCAAACAUUGCGUCAUCACACACGAUAAAGCGAUCGAACAGUCGCUAACUUAGACAGGCCGGCAGAAGCGAUUAGAACUGGUAUAUUCCUUGGCGCUGAACAAUUUCAUUUGUUUGUGAUCAGUCUACCUGGACAGGUACUUCUGGAUCAUUGUUCCGAUUUAGCAAAUAAUAUAUAUAAAUCCACGUGGUAUAAAAUACCAGUGAGAAUUCAAAAAAUGCUUUUUACGAUGCAAAUAAGGAGUAAGAAGCUGUGCACAUUAACAGCAGGUGGAUUGUACGAAAUGAAUAUAGAAAACUUCGGAAUA